CAAAGACAUAUAAGACUGAGGAAAGCUUGAGUUGAGUUGAGUUGAGUUGAGUGGCUUUUGUGCUUUCCUCUCUCAAUAAUUUAUUAUUUUGCGUUGUAUCUCAGAAAAAGAGAGACCAAAAUUAUCUCUCCGGUUUCCUUAUUUAUUAUUUAUCUUCGUUACAUUUCUCUGAAACUAAUUCUUAAAUUCAUAUUUUUUAACAAAUUCAUCGAUCGGUUCUUUUACUCAUUCAUUCUUAAUUAAAAAAUCGGAGAAGAAGAUGGUGUCGGCGAACAAGGAAAUGGUGGUCUAUUGCUUCGAUACUCUUGUCUCCUACUACAACAACGAAGAGGUUCCUCCUCCAGCCUUCGAUGAUGGUCAACACCCAUUGUUUGUCACUUGGAAAAAAGCUGUAAAUGGUGGGGAACCUCGUCUACGUGGAUGCAUUGGAACCCUGGAAGCACGGUGGUUGGUUAAUGGGUUCAAGGAUUAUGCUCUAAACAGUGCUUUGAGGGAUCGUAGAUUUCCUCCCAUACAUGCCAAAGAAUUGCCCUCUUUGGAGUGUACAGUUUCUGUAUUGACUGAUUAUGAAACCGGUGACAACCAUCUUGAUUGGGAGGUUGGAAAGCAUGGUAUAAUCAUUGAAUUUAUUGAUCCUGAUAAUACAAGGCGAAGUGCCACAUAUUUGCCUGAGAUAGCUGCCCAUGAAGGCUGGACAAAAUUAGAAGCCAUCGACUCCUUGAUGCGAAAAUCAGGGUACAGCGGCACCAUCUCCGAAACCCUUCGAAAGAAGAUCAAGCUGACCCGUUACCAGAGCACAUUAUGUACUAUGCAAUACAGUGACUAUAUAUCCUACGUCAGGGCAACCAGAGGUGCAGCUCCAUCUAUUGUUGGGGGCAAGCCUGGCAACCAUUGAUUUCCCCAAACUGGUUUUCUCCAAAGACCAGAAAACGAGUUUGGUCUCAACGAUAAAAAAAUAAAACAUUUAUUUCAAUUAUUAUAACCUGGGUUGGAAUAAAUUUCUCACUUUUUUCAGCCCAGGUUGCUGUUUUAAAAUUUAUGCAACUUGUUUAUAUCAUUCUUCAAAUUCAUUUGAUUUUGAAGAAAGAUACUGAAAUCACUGGCUGAUUUCUAAGGUUUAGUUGUCUCUCAGCUACUACCACAAAACAUUCAUGUUCUUGCAGCUUAGCUUCUAUUGGAAAGCUGUAUUAUGUAAACUUGAUUAUGACUCGUAAUUAUCUUGAACUUAUUUGCCAA